GGGCACUCUCAGCCGCACUAGAGCACCGCACAAGGGCCCCAACAGCUGUCCUCAACGCCACCACAGCCUCCUCCCUCCAUGGCCAUGAGAGCCGCCUGCCUCUUCCUGCUGUUCCUGCCUGCAGGCCUGCUGGCUCAAGGCCAAUAUGACCUGGAUCCUCUCCCCCCAUUCCCGGACCAUGUCCAGUACAACCACUAUGGCGACCAGAUUGACAACGCAGACAACUACUAUGACUACCAAGAAGUGAGUCCUCGACCUCCUGAGGAACAGUUCCAGUCCCAGCAGCAAGUCCCACAGGAAGUCAUCCCAGCCCCUACCCCAGAACCGCCAGUUCCAGGGGACCUGGAGACUGAGCCCACGGAGCCUGGGCCUCUUGACUGCCGUGAGGAACAGUACCCGUGCACUCGCCUCUACUCCAUCCACAAGCCUUGUAAACAGUGUCUCAAUGAGGUCUGCUUCUACAGCCUUCGCCGGGUGUAUGUCGUCAACAAGGAAAUAUGUGUCCGCACAGUCUGUGCCCAUGAGGAACUCCUCCGAGCUGACCUGUGCCGGGACAAGUUCUCCAAGUGUGGCGUGAUGGCCGUCAGUGGCCUGUGCCAAUCUGUGGCUGCCUCCUGUGCCCGGAGCUGUGGGGGCUGCUAGGGUGGAGCUGGUGUAGGAUCUGAGCCCUAGACUCAGCUCGGAUCCACUUCAGGCCCCACCUGACCUGGUGCUUUCUCCCAUCCUGCCCUCCCUUUCAUCCUGGACACCAGUGGGCUGCUGCCCCCGGGGAGUGGGGUCAUAGCUGCAUUGGGCUCCUCCCCAGCCUGUUUCCACCCCUGAGCACUUGGGGCUGCUGACUGUCCAGUCUCCACCCCCCAGGUGAGGUUCAUUCAAGGCCUCUUUUGGGGAUCUGGUAAUCUCAAUGUGCCUUCUCAGUGCCUUGGGGGCAUUCCUCCCUUUUCAGUCUCCUCAGGUAGGCUGUGCCCCUCACCCAGCUGG